AUGCAUAGCGGCAAGAUUCCUUGCCGUUACGCUCUUGAAUGCAACUGUGACCUUAUCUUCACCACGACAGACCAAGAGCUACCCCAUGCUCUCAGGUUUCACUCUUUUCAAAUGUGCAAUGUCCCGAACUGCGUGAAUGCAGUCAGUGAGCGAUGGAUCAAUGGACACAGUAUGUCAGGGCACCUCAGACGCCAUAGGCAAUUCACGGGUGAUCAGAUCCCUGUGCCAACGAAGAUCAUCCCUGGUGACAGCAAAUGGGAAGAGGUUAGUAAGCAGCAAGGAGACUAUGACCCCCUGGAUGCGCAGAAACUCACAGCCAACGACACGGACUUGGGCCUGAUUGAUGAAGACGAACUCGCGAUCGACGAACCUGAACAUGACGCAUAUGGCUGGUCUUAUGCUCCAUGUGAUCUGGAGGACGAUGAUGUUCAAAGUUCCCAGGUUCCAAACACAUUUUAG